CCCCGCUCCGCGCGAUGCUGCCCGGGCGCUCCCAGAACCGCUGCGCCUGAGUCGCGCGCGGAGCGGCCAUGCAGCCCUCGCUGCCUUAGCUGAGCACGGCGCUCGGCCCGGAGCCCGCGGUCACCCCCCGGCGGCACCGGCACCAUGAGGAACGGCGAUGACCUGGAAGGCUUCGACGGCGAGGCGUCCAGCGCCUCCAUGAUCUCGGCGGCCAGCAGCCCCUACCAACCCACCACGGAGCCCGUCAGCCAGCGCCGCGGGCUGGGCGGCCUGCGCUGCGACCUGGACUACCUGCGGGGCACCUUGGGCAGGCUGAAGCUGGCCGAGGUGCUUUUGGCGCUGACCGCGUUCAUCUGCAUAGAGACCAUCAUGGAAUGCUCCCCUUGCGAGGGCCUUUAUUUCUUUGAGUUCGUGAGCUGCAGUGCACUGGUGGUCACCGGAGCUCUCCUGCUUUUGUUCAGUCUCAACCUUCACACAAGAAUACCCCAGAUCAACUGGAAUCUUACUGAUCUGGUCAACACUGGACUCAGCACUUUCUUCUUUUUCAUUGCCUCUGUAGUACUGGCUGCUUUAAACCAUAAAACUGGAGCAGAAAUUGCUGCUGUGGUGUUUGGUUUCCUGGCGAUGGCAGUGUAUGCUGUGAACACGUUUUUGGCAGUUCAAAAGUGGCAGCUGAGCAGCAGGCAGCAGAGCAGCCGGCAGAGCAGCGACUACAUCCGCGCUCGGACAGAGUCCAGGGAGGUGGUGCACCGCCCCGAGAUCCAGCGCCUGGACGCGUGAGGGCCGCCCUCAGUGGCACUGAAAGGGAAAACAGCACUCAGCUCCCUCAUGGAAUAAGGGUUUUGCUUUAUUUAAGGAGGAAAAGGUGGAUCCGAGGGUGGCGAGGAUGCCCAGCCCUGCACGUGUGCAGAGAUGCGUGGAGCCAGAAGCUGCUGUCAUGGAGGCAGAAAUGGUGAUGGUUCAAAAGGAAGAUCCCCUCAAGGCCUCCACAUAGACAUGUGCAUAUAUUAUAUAGCUCACAGAAUAUAUAAUAUGUGUCUGUUCUGAA